GACGUAGCGUGGCGGCGCGGCAGCCCGGUCCCGCGGGCGGAGGAUGGCGUGUCGCGGCGCCUGCUGCUGCUCCAGCGCGGGUCGCCUCAACGCGGACAACGCGCGGUUCCUCCUGCUGGCGGUGCUGAUCGUGCUGUACAUGCUGUGCGGCGCCGCCGUCUUCUCGGCCAUCGAGCUGCCCACGGAGCGGGAGGCUAAGGAGCGCUGGGAGGAACGCCUGGAGAACUUCACCCGGCGCCACAACCUCAGCCGUGCCGAGCUCCGGCACUUCCUCCGCGAAUACGAGGAGGCGAGCGUGGCCGGCAUCCGCGUCGAUGACAUCCGGCCCCGAUGGGAUUUCACCGGCGCUUUCUACUUCGUGGGCACUGUCGUUUCUACUAUCGGGUUUGGUAUGACCACCCCAGCCACCGUUGGAGGCAAAAUUUUUCUGAUAUUUUACGGCCUUAUAGGAUGUGCAGGGACCAUUUUGUUCUUUAACCUGUUCCUGGAGCGCUUGAUCACUGUCAUAGCUUACGUCAUGAAGUCCUGCCACGAGAGACAGCUGAGGAGGAAAGGGGUUCUCCCUCACAACGGCCGCCGGGGCUCGGGGAGCUCCGAGGUGGACAGCCUGGCGGGCUGGAAGCCCUCUGUGUACUAUGUAAUGCUGAUUCUAUGUGUAGCAUCCCUCAUCAUUUCCUGCUGUGCCUCUGCAAUGUACACACCGAUUGAAGGGUGGAGUUACUUUGAUUCACUUUACUUCUGCUUUGUGGCCUUCAGCACCAUUGGUUUUGGUGAUCUGGUCAGUAGCCAGAACGUCAGGUAUGAGAGCCAAGGCCUUUACCGCUUUGGCAACUUUGUCUUCAUACUCAUGGGGGUGUGCUGCAUCUACUCCUUAUUUAAUGUGAUCUCUAUUGUCAUCAAGCAGUCCAUAAACUGGAUAUUAAAGAAAUUGGCCUGCAAGUGCUGCCACAGGUGCCAAAGAAGAUUAUUUCGUUCACGGAGGAACGUGGUGAUGCCGGGAAAUGUGCGCAGCCGGAGGAACAUCUCCAUUGAGACCGACGGUGUCAAUGAGAGCGACACGGACGGACGCCGUCUGUCAGGGGAGAUGAUCUCCAUGAAAGACUUCCUGGCCUCCAAUAAAGUCUCACUGGCCAUCAUGCAGAAACAGCUGUCAGAAACUGCUAAUGGGUAUCCAAGGCAAAUAAGCUCUAACUCAAAACAAAAUGGAUUCUCUGGUGGGGUAGGAGCCCUAGCAAUUAUGAAUAACAGACUGGCAGAGACAAGUGUGGAUAGGUAAAAUAAUGACAGUAAUAGCAGUGAAACAGUGUGAACCAUUUCAACAGGUAUUGAAACAACAUGAAUCAAGUGAAAUAGCUAGGGAGAGAGCACCACCUGAGGGUGGGAUCAUGUGAAGAGCAUACCUCCUGAUGGAAGACCUCUUGACUUUUUUGGGGGCUGUCAUCUAAUGUUUUUGCAUUGUACCAGUCCCAACUCCUCAAGCAGGUUACUGCAGGAGGAUUUUAAUUUAGCCUUCAGAUAAAAUUUCUAUGUUCUGUUGUUCUCCAUUAUGUGACAUACAGAUUUCAGGAUAAGAAAUCUGUGGAAUGAGAAGAAACCAAGUGUGUCUACGGAACACAUUCUUAAUAGAGAUUGUUUAGAGCUCUCUGUCUUACUCUCAUCAUGCCUGUUUCCUGGAAGUGACUUAUCUGAGACCAAAAGAUGAAUCAGCCUUUGUGAUAUUGCAGAUCUAAUUUAAUGGAAAAUAGUAUGAAAGUUGGUAGGUAUAUUCUGGAGCUAUUGUAGUGUGAAUGGGGAGAGAAUUUUGCCUUUAAAAUUUAUUUAGUCUUUCCUAUAAUAGGAUACUGUCAAAAGUGAUAGAAUAAAAACUUAUCCUACUUUUGUUUUCUUCAUUUUCAAAACAUGGUUCUUUUCCAAGGAUACUUUUUCUUCUAGAGUUGAAUCACUGUGGCUUUCUGCUUCAAAAAUGUCAAAUUAAAUUGAAAAUUGACAUACUGAUGAGUGGUAUGAAUUAUUCCACAAUAGCAAUCAAGGACUUUCCAAAUUUCUGUUCAUAUUUGCCUCAAUUGUGACUGAAGCAUCAGCAUCUGUAAUGCAACUAGUAACUGAGUUUACACAACAGGCUUUAGUAUGCAAUUAGAUUGCUAUGCCAGCAUCCAGAGUGUUAUCAUAAAUGACUGCGAUCACAGAAUCACUUUGGCAGUGUCCUUUUUCUCUUUCGUGUAACUCUGUCAUUCUUCAUCUGUUUCCCUGGCUUUCAGUGAUAAUAAUGACAGUGUCUUGAUUAGGGAAAUAGAAAAUGUUUUAAUUCCUUGUUUUUCUCAAUGAAAUGCUCUGAGUGCUCAUUAUGACUAGAAAGGAAAUUUCAAUGAGAAGAAUAAUAACAGUGAGAAGAUCAUGAAAAGAGGAAAAGAAGUGAUCUUAAAUGACAAUGAAAUCAUCCUUUGUAUUAGGUAGCUAGAGAAAUAAGGAAUUAAAUUAACAUAAAUUCUAGCAAGAAUUUAAGGAAGACUGGGCUGAAUUCCUGGCUCUCCUUUAAACUUGCAACACAUUAAAGCUAAACAGUAUACAAGAGUGUAAAUAAGCAGAACUGGUCACAAAGGACCCCAUCUCCUGGAAAGAGUAGUAUAUGCAUCAGGACUAAAUGUUUUCUCACAGCUGAAAAGUCUUUCAGAAUACUGCAAUAUUAGGAAAUUUAGAACAUCAUUAUGUGGUUCUCUUAUAUGGAACAGUGCAGAUAGCCUUUUCAGUCUCAUUUGUGUUAGGAGUUGAUUAUUUUUCUUUAUUCUGGUCUAAAGUUCUUUCACUUAGGUUUUUAAUAUUAUAGAAUAACAUUUUUAUACUCAUUUUAUCAAUAUCUGAACUUGAAAACAAAAGCUUGGAAUCCUUUAAUAUAAUAAGCUAACCCAAGAUAUUCAACAAAUGUACCUAACUAGUGAAAAAAUUGCAAGCUCUUUUGAUGUUAUUAGGGGUAAAAAUCCUGAUUUAAGUCAAAUCCUGCUGUUCUUAAUUACAAGGAAAUCUUCAAAUUGAAAUCCAAAUUCUGAUAUCUGUCAACUAAUCUGUGCAGCAACGGAAUAGUUUUAGCAGUAUCCCUUCACAUUUGCAGCCAUGUAAAAUCUGAAUCAGCUUCCAAACCUAAGUUUUGUGAGAAGUGCAGUUUUGUUUGGUUUUUUGGGGAGGGGGGUAUGUUUUAGCAAAAAUUGCUACUGAGCUAUUUAAGAUGAAAUUAUAAUACCCAAGAUC